UCCAGUCUCGUCGCCGUUCGGAACGCGCAGCAAGAACCGCUCCGGCUUCCACCUCUUUGUCGGCGGUUUAUAGAGCCUCUGACAGCUCACGCCGUAUCGAGCCCUAAAGACCUCCGUCGGUGUCCGGGACUUACACACGAUACUUCAACGACACUGAGUGCUGGUAUACCUACUUUAGCAACACUGAGUGCUGGUACACCUACUCUGGCGACACUGAGUUGUGGUACACUUACUCUGGCGACACUGAGUGCUAGUACACCUACUCUGGCAGCGCUGAGUGCUGCUACACACCUCUGGCAGCCCUGAUUGCUGGUACACCUACUCUGGCGACACUGAGUGCUGGUACAUCUACUCUGGCAACACUUAGUGUGGGUACAUGUUAAUGAGCAGCAGCAGAGUGCUACUCACGCGUCCCCUGGUUCAAGGUUCUUAUAGUCCUUGAACGACCACUUCGUAACUAGCGUCCACAUGCAUAGCAACACAUCGUCUAAGAUGUACUCACGGACUCUACUACUGUCCGGGGCGCUGUUCCUCCUCGCAGCAGCUGUCUAUGGUGAAACCGCGUUUGAGAAGCUUACUGAGCUGGACUACCGAGGCUCCACCUACUACACUAUCAGGAACCUGUCGCUGUGGGAGUGUCAGGGAUGGUGCCGUGAGGAGCCAGAGUGCGCAGCUGCCUCGUUCAGCUUCGUGAUGAACCCGCUGGCGCCGGUGCAGGAGACGCUGUGUUUGCUGCAGAACGAGACUAUGGCCUCUAAUCCUUCGUCAGAUCCCCAACGAGCAGUCUCUCUCUACUACAUGGUCAAGCUCUCCGUCAGGAGCUAUAAGGUGUGUAAGCGACCCUGGACCUUCGAGCGCCUACCUCACAUGAUGCUGAAGGACCUGGACGAUGCCAGGAUUUUCACCUCAACCAAGGAAGGUUGUCUAGCCGCCUGCCUCAACGAGAGUAAAUUUAAGUGUCGAAGUGCCGAGUAUAACUACGUCACUCUGCAGUGCCAGCUGAGCCAACAUGAUCGACGUUCAGCUGGUGUCAACGUUCAGAUGGUCGAGACUAAAGGAGUUGACUACUUCGAGAACUUGUGUCUUACUGCCACGGAGUCGUGCAGCAACGACAGGGAGUACGCCGAACCUCAGCUGGGCGUGCCCAGUGAACGUGUGUCUCACUACGUCGAUAUUCACUACUACGUCGACAAGGAACUGAUGGCCAACAGCGUGGCGGCUUGCAAGAGAGCGUGCGAGAUCGAGAACGAGUUCCUGUGUAGGUCGUUCCUGUACAAAGGACCUCCUACUGGCACCACCUACAACUGUCAACUCUUUCACCUUGACCACUAUACCCUCCCUGACGGACCCUCCACCUUCCUUUCCACUGACAGGCCUCUCCUGGAUGACGGUCAGCGCACUGGCACCUACUACGAGAAUGUCUGCAAGGGUGGGGGAUACGACGGCAGCACCGGCAGCGGGAGUCUGGUCACACCGAACCCCUCCAGCUACCCCGCCAGUGGUGACUACACCUCACAGGGGGGUGGCAACAGUGGCAGUGGCAGCUCUACACUGGGUGGUGGCUCCGGCAGCUCUUCUUCUUCCUUGUCAUCGUCGUCCUACGGCACGACUCUCAGUGGCCAGGGCACCACUGGACGACCCACGGGGGAGAAUGUCAACUGCGACUCAACUGGAGUUUGCUACGACGUGUCUGUACACUGCAAGGACACGAGGAUCGUUGUUGAGGUGAACACCAACCAAGCCUUCAAUGGUCGUAUCUACGCCCUGGGUCGUUCAGAGACUUGCAACGUCCAGGUAGUUAACUCAGACAGGUUCCGUCUCGACCUCUCCAUGGCUGGCCAGGACUGUAACACUCAGAGUGCUAACGGAGUGUACACCAACACAGUGGUCAUCCAGCAUCAUUCCAUCGUCAUGACCAAGACGGACAAAAUCUACAAGAUCCGCUGUACCUACGACAUGACCUCCAAGAACAUUACCUUCGGCAUGCUGCCCAUCAGGGAUCCAGACAUGAUUCCCAUCACCUCUGCCCCAGAGGCUCCUCCACCAAGGAUCCGCAUCCUGGAUGCUGCUCUCAGGGAGGUCGAGACCGUCCGCAUCGGUGAUACUCUCACCUUCAGAAUCGAGAUUCCUGAAUCAACUCCGUAUGGGAUCUUCGCUCGCAGCUGUGUUGCUAUGGCCAAGGACUCCCGCUCCACCUUCCAGAUUGUUGAUGACGAUGGGUGUCCAGUGGAGCCAUCUAUCUUCCCACAAUUCACCAAGGACGGCCCAGCGCUACAGUCUGUGUACGAGGCCUUCAGGUUCACCGAGUCUUACGGAGUUAUCUUCCAGUGUAACGUAAAAUAUUGCCUGGGACCCUGCGAACCGGCACGGUGUCAGGUGGGUCGCGAGAAGCUCUUCUCCUGGGGUCGUAAACGUCGAGGUGUGAGCACUGCCAACCGUGCGUGGGGACAAGUACAGGAGACCACGAAGGAGGAGGCGCUGGCGGCGGCGCAGGCGCUCACAGCCUCCUCCGGAAACGACGAGAUGAGCAUCAGCCAGGAGAUCUUGGUGCUGGACCUGGGAGAUGACCAGAGUCCGCAGUACCGCAAUGACCCUGUCCCAGAGGCCAACAGGAACUACCACAAGAACAACACUUACACAUUCGAGGGCGCUGCCGUCACCUUAUUCGAGACCUGCCCGACAAGAACCUCCGUUCUCGCCCUGGCUGUCACCUGUGCCAUCCUGCUGCUUAUCUACGUUCUCACCGUCUUCUACUUCGUCAUGAGAAAGUGGAUCCGUCCCCAGAAGGGCGUGCGAUAAGACUUCCGAGUAGACAAUUGACAUCCACGAGCAGGGAACCUAGUGGAUCCUGCUUCACGGCCUUCAGCAGGCAGGAGCAGGGAGACUAGCGUGCCCUGCUUCACGGCCUUCAGCAGGCAGGAGCAGGGAGACUAGCGUGCCCUGCUUCACGGCCUUCAGCAGGGUAGAGACACCAGCCAGGGAAUAUUCGUGUUAGCUGAAUUCUCAACAAAUUUAAGUAUUAAGCAAUAAAAAUAAUUAUUCUGGUGCAGCAGCGAUGAGCUGUGUUUCCACCAUGGUUGUGAUAGUGAGCUUACCAGCCACCAUGGUUGUGAUAGUGAGCUUACUAGCCACCAUGGUUGUGAUAGUGAGCUUACCAGCCACCAUGGUUGUGAUAGUGAGCUUACCAGCCACCAUGGUUGUGAUAGUGAGCUUACCAGCCACC